AUGCCACUACAUGAUUCGGCCCAGAUAGCGAAGGCGGGGAAGCGACGAAGCAAAGGGGGGCGAUCUAGACUGGGCUGCCUCACCUGCAGGGCGAAGCAUGUCAAAUGCGAUGAACGUCUACCUGUUUGCCGGCGAUGCGAGCGACUCAGACUUGACUGCAGCCCCCAUUGGACACAGGAUCACGGCACGAGAUCAUCGCUUCGAAUUCUUCCGCCUCAAACGCUCCAGCCGAAGAGACGCAUUGUAGCUCAUGAAUUAGGCCCAGCCCUGCAAGACAACCACAUCCAGCGCUCCGAUGAUGAUCUCCAGUGGACAAUCUUCGAUGAGUUAUCUGGUGACACCGUAUCAACCUUGUUCUUGGGAAACACUGAUUCGGUAUCGGGGACGAUGCCCCAAUGGGAACACCCCGAAACACCUGCCCAGACAACGGCAACCUUUUUGCGCGGGGAGGAAGCCAUGAGCUGUAUCGCAACGCAGUCGUCAUCCCAGCCGUUACCUACUAUCAACCGCCUUGCCCUUCCCAGUACCGAGCUCCUCGUACACGGGGGACCUGACGGCCUGAUACUCGGCCACGAGGAAUUCGGAGCACUACGGCAUUAUCAGGACGAGUUCUGCAAGGUUCACACCUCAAAGACACUCGCCUGGUCCUUUCCUGUGCUUCUCCUGGAGAAAGCCUCUCACAGCUCCCUCACUAUACGCUGCGCCGUAGCUGUCUCGCUGCAAGACUUGGAUAUGCGACGCCGCGCUAAUGGUUUCCCUCCAAGUGGAGCAACAGAAGUCAUGCAUCAGCCAGCUAGGACUGUCGACCAUAUCGAAGCCCUCGCUACUUUCUACUUUCAAUACGUCUAUCUCACCCACCGGCCCACUAUUAACAAGGCAGAGCUGCUCAAUCUCAGCGGAGCUGUUGUGCGUUAUCUCCAAGCUUCAUCGAUUGUUGAAGCCUUGACUCGGCCAGCAUCGGCGUCUGCCACAGCUAUGAGCCCCUCGUUGCGCAGUUUCUUAUCGCGCCUGCUUCUUUGGGUGUACCGAGAGGAUGUGUAUGCGACGGGUUAUGGCUGCUCCGGAAAGGUCGCUCGAUACUUUUCCGAGCGUCCAAAGCUUAUCCGGCGUAUGGGCGUCAUCUCACGUCCCAUGUACCAGCUGAACUGGGGAACUCGGUAUCCUACUGAGCAACGCUUGGACGAUGUCUUCUGCGCCCAACAUCUCGACAUGCUGGUUCGCUUGAUUGAGCUGGAGUCGGAGAUUACAGAAUUCGGCUGGUCGACGAUGGGAUCAGACAGCACCCGGACGUCCACGGCUAAUAGUCCGCACAUUGAAGAGAAGAUGAGUCGCAUAGAGCUGGAUUUCUCCGCCACGUUCCAGAUGAUUACGAUGCCUGACGACAAUUACCCAACCUCGGUCUCCAGCCUCGUCCAAGGCGUUGCUGUAUUCGUCACAAUUUACUAUGCCUGGAAGCUUACUUAUCACCGAAUCGCCGGCAUGCCCGAAGACAAGAUCCAAGAUGUGUUGUCUCUGCUUAUGCAGGCAGUUCAACAUACAAUCCCCAAGAUCCAGCUCAAGGACCUGCAAAGGGCACUUCUCGUAGCUGUGAUGGAGACAAGAAACCCUAUUCACAAGGAAUGGAUCAUGAGUAAGCUUGAGCCUCGCUGGAAAGCGAUCCUCAGUAGUACUCUAGAUCGGGACACCCGGCGCGGGCGACGCACCACUAUCUGGACCCUUCACGAGUGUGCUUCGGAUAUCAACGGCAAUUGGUAG